AUGGCCUCCAAACCAAAAUCCGCCCUCGACCACGAGCGCACCCGCCGCGAGCAACACCACGAAGCAGACAUCGUCGUCAUCGGCGCCGGUGUCUUCGGCUGCGCAGCCGCGUUCUCUUUCGCAAACCAAGGCCGCUCCGUCAUCCUCCUCGAGCGCUGGCUCCACGAGCCCGACCGCAUCGUAGGCGAACUCCUCCAGCCGGGCGGUGUAGCCGCCCUCAAGAAACUCGGCCUGGGGAAAUGCCUGGAGGGCAUCGAUGCUAUCCCUUGCUACGGCUACCACGUCUUGUACCGCGGUGAUGACGUCGCGAUCCCAUACCCUACUGUCUCGCCGGAGGGAAACGUCGUGGUGACAAGAGGGGAGAAGAGAGACAGGAGAGGGCCAGAGGGGAGGGCGUUUCACCACGGGAGGUUCAUCAUGCAGCUGAGGAAGGCGUGUCAUGAACAUCCGAAUAUCACUGUUUUCGAAACAGAGGUGACAGAUCUCGUCCAAAAGGGAGGGGAGGUACUAGGUGUGAAGACGAGGACGACAACAGACAAGGAGAAGAACCUCAAGAAGGAAGAGGCCUUCUUUGCUCACUUGACCAUCGUGGCGGAUGGUUACGCCAGCAAGUUCAGACAACCGCUUCUGAACAAGACCCCCAUCGUCAAGUCAAAGUUUUAUGCGUUGGAGUUGAUCGACUGUGAUUUCCCCCCGCAAUACUACGGCCACGUCUGCAUCGGGGACGCGUCGGUCGUUCUGCUCUACCAAAUCGGCACUCGCGAAACCAGGGCUUUGAUCGACGUCCCACUCGACUGCGCGGCUGCCUCCCCUCAGAACGGGGGAGUGAGGGGAUACAUCCAAAACGUCGUUUUGCCUGCCCUCCCUAAAUCAGUCCAACCCUCCGUUGUCAAGGCGCUCGCCGACGGGAAGAUUCCGAAAUCAAUGCCAAACAGCUGGCUCCCGCCCACGAAACAGACAACCACCCCUGGCGUUUUAGUCCUGGGAGACGCGCACAAUAUGCGCCACCCCUUGACGGGGGGAGGCAUGACUGUCGCGUUCAACGACGCGGUUGUCUUGUCGGAUCUGCUCUCCCCGGAGCAAAUCCCUAACCUGUCUGAUCACGGAGCGGUGGCGUCGGCAAUGAGCACGUUUCACUACCGCCGGAAGAGCCUGACGAGCAUUAUCAAUGUUUUGGCGCAGGCGUUGUACAGCCUGUUUGCGGCGAAUGAUUGGCAGCUGAGGGCGCUGCAGAGGGGGUGUUUUCGGUAUUUUCAGAUGGGUAGGACGGACGAGCCGGUUGCGCUGAUGGGGGGGAUGAUGCAGAGGCCGUUGGUGCUGGCUAGGCAUUUUUUUACCGUGGCGUUUUUGGCGAUCUGGAUGAACACUGUUGAGUUGUGCGGGGGGAAUGUGGUUUUGGGGGCGGUGAUGUUGCCGCUGGCGGUUGUUCAGGCGGUGAUGAUUUUGUGGAAGGCUUGCGUGGUGUUUUUGCCGGUUUUUGGGACGGAGUUGUGGUAG